AUGCCUCACAAAAAAUGCCAAAUUUGCAGUAAACCUUUCCAUUUCUUAACCCGCAAGCGUGAAUGCAUUUUUGUUUACUUACUUAGUUACUUAGAUAUUUAAAAUGUCUUCUCUCUUCCGCAGGAUGAUUUAGGCAUGCAUAAGCCAUCCUUUUAACUCCCAACUGGUGAUGUCAGCAGCGAUCCUCCCUAUGUAGGCAUUCCAGAAGACUUCACCCGUCAGGCAAGAAGGUCGGCACUGGCCGCAUUGCCUCGCCCGAACUUGACUCCUGCGCGUGUUUCCGCCUAAGGGUCACCCUCCUCGGGUGUGUCAAGCAGAAAUACCACCUGUCUCCUAGUACCCUGGACCAAAGAAAUACCCUAUGCAGUAUUCCAUAUUGGUGUUGCGGAUAAAGGUCCACGUGGAAAACUGAACCCAUAAUAAUAAAAGCGAAGGAAGGAAUAGUUCUCGGAGAGAACUAAUUCCGCACUGAGCCAUUUUAUUAUUAUAAGGCAUUUAUGCAGUAUUUUUUUACAUAGACAAUACCUUUUGCAAAGACUGCACAGUCAAGGUAAAAGAAAGUGGGUUUUCUAGGAGAUUUUGUAAAAACUGCUUGCCGAAUUGCCAAAGAGGCCAUUCUAUAAAUAUUACUGAAGGGAUCAGCGAAAUACGUGAUCUUCAUGACGAAUAUUUAGCAAGCAGCCCUAAAAAUGUGGUCCAUAAUGUCCAUGUGGUCGAAGAUGCUAAGACCCCUACUGGACUCUCUGUAAGAUCUAUAUAGGGAUUGCCCAAUGAUUGGGAGCAGCAAGUAAGAAGGCGAGGAUCAAGCCAACAAGAAGCAGAAAGACUGUCAAAACACUUAUUAAUGGUCAUAAAUUCCUCGUGUAAAAGUGAAAAUGGUAGCUGCUUCCAAAAUUUAAGCCAUCUUGCAACGAUUUCUAAAAACAAUCCAGAAAUAAAAUAUACAAUUAUUGAGCAAAUCACCAAAAAAGGACUUGAAGACUUUUGGGUUGUUGAAGACACUAGUACUCAUGAAACUUUUGCCCUAAAAAGAGUCAACCCAAGCUCAAAGCGGGAAAAACAAAAAAUCCUAACUGAAGUCGCAAUUAUGCAGUCUUGUGACAAUGUAAAUAUAGUAAAAUGCAUUGAGUGCUUUUUCCAUAUAAAUAGUAUAUGAAUUAUAGAAGAGCUGAUGUUUAUGAGCUUAGAUGAAAUGGUCCAAGUCAAAGCUGGGCUUAUCGAUGAAGAAAUUAUGGCUUAUAUUUUGAAAGAAAUUAUAAAAGCACUAAAUUAUUUAUGUGAAAAACAGAUUAUACAUAGAGAUAUUUGUAGUGGAAAUAUUAUGAUUUCAAGGACUGGGGAAGUAAAACUUUGCGAUUUUGGGUUUGCUGCGGAUUUGGCUAAUGGGAACAAGAGGAGAGGGACUGUGGUGGGGUCACCAUGCUGGAUGGCUCCUGAAAUGAUUUCUGGGUCUAAUUAUGACCAUAUGGUCGAUAUUUGAUCACUCGGAAUUGUAGCUUUAGAGCUAGCAGAAGGCCCGCCUCCUAUGGUUAAAGAUGCCCCUAUUAAGGUUUUAUUUAAAAUUGCUACAAGGCCGCCUCCACGACUUCAAAAUCCUGCACUUUGGAGUGAAGAGUUCAUAAAUUUCCUCGAUAAAUGCUUGCAAAAGAACCCAGCUGAAAGAUUAGACAGUAAAAAGCUGCUUGAACAUCCAUUUAUCUUGAAAAUCCAAGAUGACUCUCAAAGGAAGCUUGCGAAUUUAAUCAGACUGCCUGAACCUUAA